AUGAACUUUUUACUAAAAGGAAAUUUCGGCAAACUUCUCUUCCUCGUUGGAUUUGCCCUUGCCGAACAUGGCUGGAUGGAUUUUCUCGACAAGAGCUUUAACAACCCACGAGCCAAACGAGCCUUUCUUUUGGAUGACCACGAUACUCAGGGUGCUCCUGAUAAAAAUUACGAUUUGAUGAUGUACGAUAAACGACACUUGAUUCAGUCAAGAGGAUUUACUGAUGAUGAGUGGCAAAGACUUCUUGAUUUGUUUUAA